CAAUAGGAAUAUUGGAGAAUGCCCGCCAUUGUCAUUUUACUACGACAUGUGCGAGGAGUAGGAUCAAUAUUUCGCUAUGUCCGCGCGCGCAUCUGGAGUUUUUAAGGAAGGAACGUUAGCGAAUGCUACAUAUAAACAGUAGUGAUACCUAUGUCAAGUUUACAUACUUAUAGCUACGGACUGUACCACGAAAAAUCAAGGUAUAAAGUAUCUAGAGUAAUGCAUCAUUUUAACUGUAGCGCUCUCCAGUAACCGCAACAUCCCUUCCCACCAUGUAUAAUCGCGUUACUGAUAUAUGUGAAAGUCGGACAUAUGGCGAAUUACUGGGAUGAAAUCAUCCAUGUGUGGCAAUUUCAAAUGAUGAUAUUUCGACAGGAAAAUGGUACGCUGUCAGCGGAUCUCUUGUUAAAGAACAGUUGAGAGUAAAAUCAAUAGGGAAAACAUCAUUCUUUAAAGAGACAAGGGACAAUUAGCAGAGCGCAGGGGAUUAGUACCAUAUGAUCUGAAAAGCUUAGCACGGGAUACAAAUUAGUAGUGAUGUUAGAUGAACCCUUGUUUUGUGGACGUCAUUCAUCAUUUUGGGGGCAGCGCGGUUGGAUUUUGCACAGUGUCCUGGAUUAAUCUUGCACCAUGUGCUUUACUUUCCUUGCACUGUGUUCGCCAGUUUAAGCCUCUGUGGUUUCUAUCUCUAACAAUCAGAUUUGCUCAUCUGAUUUGCAGGAUAUUUUCCAAAUUUAGUCAACCGGCUUUUCUCUGCCCAGGAAUUACUUAUCGGAUAUUGACACUGAAAAAGGGUAUAAUACAGACAACAUAAAAAGGAUAAUUCUGCCUUCAACAAGAUAUCUCUUUUGCAACAUUCCAUAAAAGGGUCACCACAAGCCGCUUCCGUUUCUCAUCUACCUCAACAUUCCUCUUAACCUUAAAGUGUACCAGUUUAUAGAAUACCGUUUAUUACCAUAAACCUAACAUUCCAAAAAGGCAGAAUCCUACCAUAGAGAAAAUGUUAUUUUAACCUGAGGAUUUAAUUCUUGGAAAAGGCAAUCCUAUUUCUUAUCUCCGAAAUUUACAUGUUUGUCAAUUUCUUUGUGAGGUUAAUAAAAUGAAAAUAUUGUGUCUUGGUUCUUUGAAUCAUUGAAAAUUACGGUGCUCUUGUGGAAGUUUUGGAAAAUGGCGAAAUGAGAAAAGACCUCUCCCCUGACAUGAGACUCUGAAGUUUUGGCGCUCUCUCGGACAUGGCUGAGAGGCGAUGAAGAAGCAAAACGUUCGGACUUUAUCUCUCAUUGUUUGUACCUUCACGUAUCUCUUGGUCGGAGCCGCUGUCUUUGACGCCCUGGAAUCGCAGAACGAAAGUGACGUCAGGAGAGAAUUAAAUAGCGAGGAAAUGAUGCUUAGAACUAAAUGCAAUAUCAGCUCAAAGGCAUACGAAGAUCUCAGAACCAUCAUAUGGAAAGUACAACCUUACAAAAAUGGUCGGCAAUGGAAAUUUGCUGGUGCCUUCUAUUUCUCUCUCACAGUCAUCACUACAAUAGGCUAUGGUCACAGCACCCCUCAGACGGACAGCGGGAAAAUCUUCUGUAUGUGGUACGCUCUCGUGGGGAUUCCCCUCUGUCUCAUCAUGUUCCAAAGUGUCGGCGAACGUCUCAACACAUUUGUGACGUUUCUUCUCAAACAAAUCAAAAAAUGCUUCAGGAGAAAGAAUUGUGAAGUUUCGCAGACAAACCUAAUUAUGGUAGCCUGUAUUUUGUCUUGUUUAUUUUUGACCGUGGGGGCAGUUGUUUUUACGUACUACGAGGACUGGUCGUAUUUAGACGCCUUUUACUAUUGUUUUAUCACGCUUACCACUAUUGGAUUUGGUGACUACGUGGCUUUACAAAGCAACAAUGCGCUGCAGGACAAUCCACAGUACGUGACUUUUAGUUUGAUAUUCAUUCUCUUUGGAUUAACGGUCAUCUCUGCAGCAAUGAACCUUUUAGUAUUAAGAUUUUUAACGAUGAAUACCGAAGACGAACAAAGAGACGAGUUAGAAGCAGCUGCGGCUGCGCAGACUGCAGUACGAUUAGAAGGUGACGUCAUUACUUCCAAUGGCAACGUUGUGUCAGGUGCUCAAGAAAAUCCGGAAUUAAAUGACGUCACGUCCGUGUGCUCAUGUUCAUGCUACAAUCUGCGGAAGAAUAAAAACCGAUACACAGUAACUCGGCUUCCAGGGAAAAUUUCGCAUCUUUUACCGAUGCACAGUGUCAGUUCUGGCAAGGACGAUAACUUUAUGUCAGACGUCGAGUCCAAUUCUGUCUUACAUUUUCAACAUAUUAAUUCAAAAAGGGCAUCGGUAUAAAAUUACAUUUGAAGACUUCAUAUCACAGGAGAAAUUGAGUGGGGAAUACUUUAUUAUAUAUUUUUACAUUGGUACUGAGUUGUGUGCGAAAAUUAUCCAAUUAUCAUUAUCAUAUCAUGUAUCCAUUCAACCAGAUUCUAUUUUUGCAUACUUAGUAUGUUGACCUUCUUUAUUAUAUUGUAGAAUGUAUACAGAGAAUUGCUGACGCUUUGGGGGACGGUUGCGAUUGCGUACAUAACACGCUGACGUGUAAAUGUUUAUGGACAAACGUGUAUUGCUCUAUAUUUACCAAUAUCUUAUUAAAUUAACGGUCAUCACCAGGAUUUCUAUUUUUAGACAAAUUGUCGUUGACCUGUCGGGAUAUAUAAGUACAUGUACUGCACUUACAAUGAUAAAGAAAUUAUUUUGAUUAGUAUGGGGAUAAAUAUGCAAAAUAUCUAUUAAUCCAAAAUGCUUUUAUUAUUGCCAUGGGAAUACACAUUGUAAUUGCACUCAGUGGGUAAAACUUCGACGAUACAUAUGUGCAUUUGAAUAUCUUUGUAUACAGUAAAAAUACAAAGUAGACAAAUAUCUCCCAAAAAAGUCAGUUGAUAGGAAAGAAUCAAUUGAAAUUGUAUUAAUGCUCUCCUGUAAUUAACGGCGGACUUUGGGAAUAAGAUAUCCCCCUGUAGAAUUUAGUAUGACUUCCUGGUUUUAAAAUGUUUACAAACAGCGUGUUUAAAGAAAAUGCCAGAAUUAAAUUAUUAAAAAGUAUCUUAUUCCUUUAUAAAUGUUUUCGAAACACCAAUAUACGUAGCUUUCACGUGUGUUUCACAAACUUUUGUUUCUAUUUACCUUUUUGCAAGUUUUUGCCUGACUGUUUAUGAGCACUAAUUUUCUCCAGUUAAUAUAAUACUCUGCGUUUUAUUGAUAUUUAUAUAUAUUGCAAUAUUCUUUACUGUUCGUUAAUUAUGAGUGGUGGGGGAUGAUAAAUUGUUACAGCAAUAAGUGUAUUGUGUGAGAGCAAGUCAGAACUGAAUGACUGAAACGUUUUUUUUUUUAAAAUAUGUUCUUGUUAAAUUAGUAGAAAGUAGAACUGUUAUAUUUGUGUUAAUGACAUAAAAAGGAUAAUUAAUGAUAUUUUUCAACAACGCCAUAUGUAUCAAAUAUAUUCCUUUACUUCGAUAAUGUGAGCAGUUUUUAUUUCAGAGGGACACGUGAUUCAGUUCAAAAUUACUAGUAUUACAUCUUUUGUCUUUGAUCAUUUUUUCGAUCCAUUGUCAUUAUGAUAUUCUGUUUCUUUUGAACUUGGUAUUCGUUGGUAUGUUGUUUCUAUUUUCAUUGUGACAUAUGGUAUCCAAAUGUUGCAGACCUUUACUGCUAUAAAUCAAAGAAGAAACACGAGUGAGAUGGGUAAACAGUACUAAACGUUGUUCAUAAAUAAUUCUUUAUGUUUGUUCAUACCUUCAUUAAGGAUAUGAUGAAAGUUCCAACAUACGAAUAGUUUAUGUUCAAUACGUCGGUCAUUCCUUUGUUCUAACUUUGAUUAGAAGGAUUAUAUUUUAAUUCUUGAUAUGAAUCAUUACAGUGAAUUUUUAUUCUUAGUUUAGAAUGAAACUUAUGAUGCAAAAAUAUAAACACAUUUUCUUUUUAGGACGGGGUGAUAAUUUAAAUGGUAUUUCCAUAUGAGACCUAUCCGAGUUCAAAACUGUAUAUCUCAUUAAAGGUGAUUUUGCAGUAAACGUUUGUACAAUUUAUCUAUAAAAAUAUUAAAAAGUUCGCCAACUUAUUUCAUUAUUUUCCAACAAAACCAAUAUGUUAUAAUUCUAACCAAUGAAGAAUUAUUUAGAUGAGGAAUUUUAAUAUUGAUCUUCUUUUCUGACCCUAACUUCAUGAAAAAUAUUAAUAAUUUUGUCUGUGAUUUUUAUUUAUUGUUAGAUAAACCUCGUUUCCUCAGCGGAAUUUUGAAAUGUGUCCUUCUUCCAAUACCAUAUGUGUGAAUAAGGGCUGAACUUUUUUCAUAUUUUUUGAAAUCAAAUAAAUUUUAUACAAAGUUGC